GUCAUGGUCCAGUCACGAAAACAGUGCAGUCGUAGAACCGGUAGCGAGCACCUUGACAGCAAAUCGCAGCCUAACAACCGCACAGCGACAUUCACUACAUUCAGUUGAAUCGACGCAGUCAUAUUUGUUUGGGAUCGGACGGACACCGAAUUAUCAAAUCCUCUGCCCCGUCCUCAGGUCCCUUAUUGUACCAAUAAUCUCUGUAUCUUUCGGUAAUAGUGGAAGUUUUUGGUCUCGAUCCUCCACAACCUCAAGUGUCAAGCGUCAACAAGAUGCCCCUUGCAACCAAAGCAGACCAGGAGUUGUUCCAAGCUAUAACUACCUCAGCAGGCUUUGCCCCCUCAUUGGCACGUUCAAUCAAAAUCAUCGACACGGAUGAUGUCCCGCCUGAAGAUGUAAAAGGAAGGAGAAAGGUGGAUGGGUGGAGAAUGAGGUAUGAAGGGGUCGUGACCGAAGAUAUGACCAACUUGAUCGGAAACAUACAUGGAGCUGCCAUAUCUUGGCUUGUUGAUACGCUGACAUCGGCUGCCCUAGUUCAUCUUCAUACACCAACUUUCUGGGGUCCGCCCAUGAUGGCUGGCGUAUCGCUUUCAAUGGAGACACAGUAUCUGCAUCCGGUUACUUUGGGCACCGAUUUAAUUAUCGACAUACAGGUACUCAAAUGUACACCAACAUUAGCAAAUUUGAGAUGUGAAAUCAAGGUCAAGCACUCUGGCAAAAUCGUAGCUGUAGGGACGCACUUGAAGACUUGGAAGCCUAUGGGGGUUGCAAAGUUGUAGCUGCCAUAUCGCUUACUAUAAAAACAUGU